AUGGAUAACAUUAAGAAAGAAGAAAGUUUUAGUUCAAGUUUUUAUGAAGAAGUAAUUGAUUUAACAAUUGAUUCUUCUUCAGAAAGCGAUUUUCUAACUAUUGAAUUAGAUGACCUGGGAAUUAAUAUAACGAAUAUAGAGGAUAUUCGAUCAAUUGAAAAUACUACGGAUGAUGAAAGUUCUUUUGAAACACCAAUAAUUAAUUAUUUUACAGAAGAACUUGCCAUAAGAGAUACCCGAUUUUCAGCUAUUCCAAUUGAAUAUCCAGCAACUUCCAAUGAAGGAGUUGCUUAUGUUUUUAAUAUAAAACCAUCUAAUCCAAUUGCUCCAUUUAAUGAUAUCCAAUACUCAAUGGAAGGUGGUGGGGGUUCCAACAAAAUCAAUUGCCCCUAUCUUAAUUGUUGUGUAAAAAAAGUUGUUCGCAAAUGUACUGGUGUUAAAAUUUGUGAAUAUACUGAAAAUGAACUUAGAAAUUCAUCACAUUGUGAGGUUGAUGAAAAUAAAGACUUUUUUAUGAUAAAUCAACCUAGAAGAAAAAAUGACAACGAUCCUGUAACAAAAUUUAUAGGAUGUUCAAAAUGGAAUCCUCAUGAAAAACAUAUAUUUCAUAUAUUAAAUAAAAAUCAAAUUGAUAUUAAUUUACUUGAAAAACUUUUUCAAGGAAAAAAGAAUAUUAAAAAUCAAAUUUUACAAACUUGCAAAACUGUUCUAUCAACAUCAUCACGCUUACAAUAUUGUAAGUUUUAUCAUCCAGGUGAAAAUAAUACUGUUGGUUGUCAUGGAAAGAUUAUUCGUCUACAGUGUCAAGUUAAUUUUAUAAAAUUAAUUCCACAUAAUCUUGAUGAAUGUCCAUUUGUGGUUUUAAUUUGUCAUGGAAUUCAUAAUCAUCCACCACCUCCACCAUCAAAAGUUCCAAAAAGUAUCCAAUAUCAAUUUAAUUCUUUAUUAGAAAAUGCUUCUAAUGAAUAUGAAAAUAUAACAUUACGAAAAAUUUUAUCUGGAAGAAAAAAUGACAACGAUCCUGUAACAAAAUUUAUAGGAUGUUCAAAAUGGAAUCCUCAUGAAAAACAUAUAUUUCAUAUAUUAAAUAAAAAUCAAAUUGAUAUUAAUUUACUUGAAAAACUUUUUCAAGGAAAAAAGAAUAUUAAAAAUCAAAUUUUACAAACUUGCAAAACUGUUCUAUCAACAUCAUCACGCUUACAAUAUUGUAAGUUUUAUCAUCCAGGUGAAAAUAAUACUGUUGGUUGUCAUGGAAAGAUUAUUCGUCUACAGUGUCAAGUUAAUUUUAUAAAAUUAAUUCCACAUAAUCUUGAUGAAUGUCCAUUUGUGGUUUUAAUUUGUCAUGGAAUUCAUAAUCAUCCACCACCUCCACCAUCAAAAGUUCCAAAAAGUAUCCAAUAUCAAUUUAAUUCUUUAUUAGAAAAUGCUUCUAAUGAAUAUGAAAAUAUAACAUUACGAAAAAUUUUAUCUGCAAGAUUAGAAAAUAGUAAAACUUUUCAUACUAUUGAAACUCAUAAUAAAAGUGGUAUUGCAUUGCACGGAUCUAAUCAUGGAAUUAUAUCAAGAACAAAAAAAUCUAUCAAAAAAACUACCCAAAAAGUAUCUAAAAAAAGACCAUCUGAUGAAAAAUCUAAUUCAAAACCCAAAGUAUCAGCAAAAAAAUCUCGAACAGCAUCUAAAAAUCAAGAUUCUUCACCAAAUAUAGAUGAUGAUGAUUUGGAUAAAAUGGAACGUCGAAUUGCAUUACAAGAAAGAGAAAUGACUUUAAAAGAACAUGAAUAA